GACACACAAAAAUCAAGCUUUCUCGAAGACGACCUGGCGAUGCUGUGCUAUUGUUCAUGAAAACACUCCUAUAUUUUUUUUCGCGGGCUUUAUUUGUUGUUGCUCAGGCCCGCCAGCUGGGCAGUAUCUGGGCGGUGUUAGCCCGUGUUUGACAGCUGUGCCUGGCAUGCAGCACUGCGCCGUGUGAGAGUUGGGCGGCCAUUGUUUUCAAGUUUGCCAGAUCUCUGGAGUUUGCCGGCCUUGGCAGCUAGAUUUAGGAGGCUGUCAGCAGCUUCUCUCCGGAGGAAGGAUGGGGAUGUUUGCGGUGUGGCUGUACCUCCUGGUGCAGACUGGCGUCUCAGGAAGCCUCAUCAAGUCACUCCAGCCCAUGGACGUACCGAUUGGCCAGACGGCGCCGCUGUCAGAGGAACACGUGGUCUUCAACCUCCCGGCUGAUAACAGCACCUGUAAAGUGGAGGUGGUCCUGAAUGAACCCAUGUUCCAGCGGGUUGGGGUGUUACAGCCUCAGGUAUUUGACUGCCAGUAUCCACCAGGUUCUGUACAGUACAGCCAUCAUGGGUCGCCACUGUUGCACCAAGAUCAGGUCAAACUACGUGUACAUCUCUUCACACAAACAAAAACAGUGUCUGAAGUCUUCAUUCUUACUAUCCGUACACUGGAAUCACAGUAUAGAGCCGUACAAGUGAAACGCAAUUUGACGGUAUCAGAAUUUUUCGGCCUGUCUGAUCCUUUGAAUUCCAACAUUUUAGAGUUUACAUACAGGAGAACAAACAGUGCUAAGUGUGAAGCACACAUCUCUGUGCCAGUAAGUUCCCUCCCUGCCUUUGGUCAACUCGUUGUUGGGGAAGACAGGAGAGACGUGCGGAACCUGAGAGAGCAGUGUGACAAGUUGCUAACGUUAGGCCUGCGUUACGAACACUUGCUGCCCCCCUCCCCUGACGUGGACUUUGUUGCCAUCACUAUUGAUGUAUAUGAUCCCGAAGGUGAGGAAGAGAGAUACACCGAGAGAUUACAUUUACCUGUCAACAUCAUCGAAGGCAUGCCUAAUACGCCUCCAAAAGGGUCUUUCGGUGCCAUGUACAUUCUAGAUGUUGACCAGUUCAUUUUGAGUACAAUAACACCCACAACAAUUUCAGCGGAAGACAUGGAGACUCAGUCGGACAAACUUGUCUUCAACAUCAGCAAGCCUCUUGCCGCAGGAGAAGGUUACAUAGUACACUUGGAUGAUCACACUAAACCCAUCACCUCUUUCUCACAAGCAGAUGUAAACAACCUCAUGAUUGGCUACAAACCACCAAACACGAGCUAUCACGAAAGGAAGGUGUUCGAGGUAGAAUUUACGAUCUACGACAGUCACUUUACUCCGAGCGACCCGGUCAUGGUUUUCCUGGCCGUGCGUACGUCGGACACUAACGCGCCGCGGGUUUCCAUCAACACUGGGCUGACCCUUCUAGAAGGGCAGUCCAGACCGAUGGAGACUCACAAUUUUCAGGUGGUCGAUAAUGACAACUUGGAGAGGGUACAGAUUAUUGUUGUAGGUGGUUUGAGACAGGGAAGACUGCUGGUUGAUGGCGUCCCUGCAAUUAUGUUCACUCCGUACCACAUAGCGGAAGGACGUGUAAUCUACCAGCAUGAUGACAGUGAUUCUGACAAGGAUAACAUACAGUUGAGAAUCACUGACGGAGCUCACAGCGUGCGAGCCAGCUUCCCGAUCAGUAUCCUCCCUAAAGACGACAGUCCUCCCUUCCUCAUCAAUAAUGUCAUCUUCCAUCUCAAGGAAGGAGAGACGAUCCCUAUUGAUGGUGACAUGCUGACUGCAUCCGACAUGGACUCGAGUGACGACUACAUCCUGUUCAGUAUUACCCAUCCACCUGUAUCAGGGCUGAUCUUGAAAAAAUAUUCAUGGCAAUCACUCGGUCACCCGAUCGACUCUUUCUUACAAAGGGAUCUCUUUGAUGGAUGUAUAUAUUACCAGCACACAGGGGAGGAAAUCUUUAGUGACUCUUUUCAGUUUGUUCUUCGUGACAGCAGCGAUCCGCCCAACGAGUCGGAACCGCAGUCGGUUGUGAUCCAAGUCAUCCCGGUUGACGAUCUGCCUCCCGCUCCGAUGCCUGAGAUGACAAACUCUCUCGUGGUCAAAGAAACAGACGUUGGGGUUCUGUCUAAAAGACAUCUAGCUUACCAAGAUGAAGAAUCUGAAGAUGACGACCUUAUGUUCACCAUCACUACCAUGUGUCUGUUUGUAGACUCACUAAGUUUGGACGAUGCUGGCACUGUUGUCUCGACAGAAAGCAUGCCAGUGAUGAAGAAAACUGACGCAGUGCGCCCGGUCCGAAUGUUCCAUCAGAGCGAGAUCGACCACAUGAAGAUCGCCUACGUACCACCGAUGAACGACAUCGGACCAAAACCUCGCACGGUGCAGUUCAUCUAUUCAGUAAGCGAUCCCUCCGGAAACACAGUUACAGGGCAGAGGUUUGAUAUCACAAUCUUGCCUGUGGACAACGUUGCACCAGAUGUGCAGGUCAAUGCGCUGACUGUGAAGGAAGGGCAGUCUGUAGUCAUCACUGUGGAAAACUUGAUGGUCACUGACAGCGACACUCCAGUAAAUGACAUUGUUUUUAUUUUGAGCAGCCAACCAAAUUAUGGAAGCCUGCAAGUGAAGGGUGUUGACCUGUCAGUGGAUGGCAUGUUCACAUUUCAAGAUCUUGUUCAUUACAAGAUCAGCUAUGCCCAUGAUGGCUCUGAGGUAACAAGGGACAAGUUUUCACUCAAAGUCAGUGAUGGAGUAAACUCUGUCACCAUGGAUGUACCAGUGGAGGUUCAGGCCGUGAAUGAUGAAGCACCAGUCAUGUUAGACGGUCUCCGUCAACACUUGACUGUGCCUGAAGGAGGAUCAGUUGUACUCACACCAGAAGUGCUGUCAGCAACAGAUACUGACACAGACGACAGUCAGUUGACCUUCAUUGUAGUACAACCGCCGCGCCGAGGUAUGCUGUACCGGGACGGCGUCGUGGUCACGCAGUUCCGCCAAAAAGACAUUCACGCUGGCGCCAUUAGCUACUCUCACACUCAGGCUGAGGUUGGGAUGAUGACGGCGCACGAUUCUUUCACGCUGGUUGUGUCAGACGACCCUUUCCCCCGCAACGCACUACCAGUGCACGAUGUGAACAUCACUAUCACUCCAGUGGACAACCAGCCACCAGAGUUGAUCUUGGACAGUCCUGUUAUUGUCAAUGAAGGCCUAUCAACCCCUAUUCUGGACAACAUGUUGACUGCGUAUGAUGUGGAUACUGAUGAAGGUAAUCUUGGGUUCAUCGUCACACAACAACCAACAUGGGGAUACGUGGAGAACACUGCACCCAUGCCUGGUCACGAAAAGGGCAAUGUCGGAAUUCCCAUAUCAUCCUUUCAGCUGAAAAAUGUAAAAGAUGGUCAUAUCAGAUAUGUUCAGUCGGUCCAUGUUGGAACAGAACCGACACAGGACCAAUUCUCUGUGUGUGUUACCGAUGGAAGACGCCAUUCCAGUAAUGUCACCAUCCCCAUAUCCAUACAACCAAUGAAUGACGAGGUUCCAAACUUGAUUGCUCGUGACAUCGAGAUUAAAGAGGGAGAUACCAUGGAACUGGACUUGUCCAUGCUGGAUGUUACUGAUUUAGAUCUGCCACCAGACGAUAUUGUAUUCUCUGUGACCAAACCUCCGCAGCACGGACAGCUGUUUGAUAGCAGGAACAGGCGGCACAGCAAUGACCUUCAGGGUGUGACCUUGAGGGAGAUGAAAACCAGGAUGAGGCUUGUGUACAGCCAUGACAGCUCUGAAACCAACGAAGACGACUUCUCUGUCGCUAUUUCAGAUGGAAAACACAUUGUGAAAAAGACUGUCAAAGUCAACAUCAGGUCAGUCAAUGACGAAAUACCAGAAGUGAUCAGAAACACUGGCCUCAUCAUUGGUCCGUUAGAAAGCAAAAUUUUGUCUAGUGUUGUUUUACAGUCCAAAGAUAAAGACAACAGUGCCAAGGAACUUGUGUACGUUCCACUUACCCUCCCAAAAAGGGGUGUGUUACAGCUGAGGCGGGAGCCAUCGGAAAGUUGGAAAGAUAUAAAAGAAGACAGGAACUUCACACAGUGGCAGGUUGACAUGAACAUGGUGAGGUAUCUACAUACCGGCCGUCCAGGGUCCAAGGCAAUGGACCAGUUUUACUUCUACGUGACUGAUGGAGUGAAUGUGUCUCCUUCACAAGAAUUUAUCAUUACCAUCAAAAAGAUGAAGAAGACAGGAAUACAGGUACUCAGUAGAGAUGUUCACCUCAAUGAGGGUAGUAGAAUUGUCCUGAGUACAGAUGUCUUGUCGGCCACAGAUGGAACGAAUGAGGUAGAAAAAUUGAUCUUCACCGUUCAAAACCCACCCAGCCAAGGGAACAUAGAAGAUAUCAAUGCCCCUGGAGUAGCCAUCAACUCAUUCUCUCAGUUAGACUUGCUUGGUCGCAGGGUUGUGUAUGCCCACACAAGUAAGGCUGACGUGUCUUCAGACUUGGUUACGUUCACUGUUACUAACGGCAUGAAGCAGAAGAACGUCUCUCUUGCUGUCAGCAUCACGGCAGUGGAUGACACACCGCCUACGUUGGCUAAGAAUUUGGGAAUCAAGCCUCAUGUUGGAGAGGUCGUAACUAUAACUUCACAGGACCUGCAACUGACAGACCCGGAUUCACCAGUCGACAAUCUAGUCUUCAACCUUAUACAGGGUCCAAGAUACGGACAGCUUCUGAUCAGGGGAGCUCCCGUAGGCGAUAGAUUCACUCAAGAAGACAUAGAUGCCCAACAAGUAUCCUACAGACACAGUGGAGGAAAGGCAAGCAUCGACAGGUUUUCUUUCACUGCAACAGAUGGGAGAAACAAAGGCUUCUUUGUAACAGGAAAGCUGUUGGAUGAGCCAGUAUUUUUCGAAAUUGAAGUGGAUUUGACCGGGAAGAAACCGGUGCUAGUAAGAAAGGCUGUUCCCUCUCCAUUGCUGAGAAUGAGUGGUGGCCGUGCAGGCUUCCAGCUCACAGAUGACGUGCUACAAGUUGGAGACUCAAAGUCCUCACAGUUUGUUUUCACCAUCACACGAUUACCCCUUCAUGGUCAUCUGCAGAGGAGAAAAGACGGUUCUGUCAUCACAGCAUCGUUCUCUCAACAGGACAUCAGUGAUGGAGAUGUGCUGUACAUCCUCAACAAAGAUGCAGAUGUGACCAGUGACAGCUUUUUAUUCUUUGUGUCAGACACUGAGGGAAACUUACUGAAGAACCAAAGGUUUGACUUGAAAUGGUCUGUAGUUGAAAUGGUCCAUCCUGAGUACUCAGUGUGUGAGGAUGUGGGUUCGGUGUCCAUCCUUCUGAGAAGACGAGGUGACCUGGAACAGUCUGUGUUUGUAGGAGUCCAUGUGAAAGGUCUGACAGCGGAGGAGGGGCAGGACUUCACCACAGGGAGGGCCCAGCAGACUCAGUUUGACCCAGGUGUCAGUGAAGCACAAUGGACCAUAGGGAUCAGAAAAGACAACCUGGAAGAGAACAAGGAAAAGUUCCGAGUGCAGCUGCGGAACCCGGAUAACACACUGCUUGGACAUCAGGACAAGUCUAUAGUUUUCAUACAUGACUUCCAAAAUGGUAAGUGCAGCAGUAGUUGGCAAGAGACCAGAGGCACGGUCAACAUCCAACAGACGGGGGACAGUCCUAGGUCUACUGGCAAUGUGAUUGUGCCAUCAUCCUUCUUCUCAAACGGGACGCAUCGUCAGUGGAAGUACCAUGGACUUCUCCCAGUGAAGACAAGGACUCAGACUGGUCCUGUUGCUUCAGCCCAGGUCAGCCUUCAAAGGAUCAUGUCUCCUGCAAGGAGCCAUCCAAGAAGACACAGUUCUGCAACAGUCCAGCGUAACAGGAAGAGGUCAGGAGUCUGGCAGAGACCGUGUGACAGCUCCACUGUAGGCCUGCUGCAGUAUGAGUCCGGACAGCUCUACCAGUGUGAUGGCAGACAGUGGCAGCUGUGGACACCGCAGGAGGAAACCUUGACAGGUGGUUGUCAAGCAGGGUGGACAGAGCAUGGGGGUCUGUGCUACCAGAGAGGAAACAGUCAAGAAACUUGGAAUAAUGCUCAGCUGAUCUGUAGGGAAAGACACAAUGGAGAAUUGCCCAGCAUUUUAUCAACAGAAACAUCAGAAUGGAUUUCAGCAUUUGUGAAUGGGGAGCCAGUUUGGAUUGGACUGAAUAACAAAGGCCAGCAGAGACAGUGGCAGUGGUCAGCGGGGCAGUCUCUGUCCUAUACCAACUGGAAGACCGGUCAGCCUGACGCAGACUACAGAAUGCAGCGGAACUGUGUGGUUAUGAACCAACAACAGAAGUGGAACGUCAGGAAGUGCCACCGUGGGAAGAGUGUCUAUGUGUGUGUUAAACAAACUGAGAGUUGAACCAGUGUAAUGUUAUUGGAGGAACUUUCAAGUCAGUUUUAGAAAAUAUUAAUUUGCCAGUUUGUGUACAAUGUAAUGUUACUACAUGUAUAUGCUAGGGUAGCCUAACAUAUAAAACUCUCAAAUGUAGGCUACAUGUAUGUUUCCCUUGUUUCGUAUUUUAAAAGAAUGAUAGCAGUAUUCUUUUAUGUUAUUUAGAAGUAACGUUAGUAGAAAUAUGUUCAGAAUCCAGUAGACAUACUUGGUUCAUGCUGACAAAUUGCUGUCAGUGUAUACUAUUGGAACUCUCAAAUAUUGUUAGACAAUAGAGGCAGUGAGCAGUUACAAAAGUUAUUUCUAAAAUGUUAGAAAUAAGUUCAGUUUCCACAUUUAUCAUUAAGGACAAUCGGUUCUAAAGCAUUAAUCGGUUAAAUCAUAAUUACACGUAAUCUAAGAGCAAUUUAUUUGGGUAAGAUUUCCAGACUCCAGGCUGUGCCGGUUUAUUGGUAUCAACAAGGUACUUUCGUCAGUUCUAAUAUUCAGAUUUAUUUGUAGGGACGACAGAAAGGAAUGCUUAGUUAAGGUGAGAACCAUGUCAGUCAUCACUGAAAAUGUGCUCAAAAUUCUUGGCACUGGGAGACAGUUCUCU